UUCACCUUCACCACCAUUAUAACCCUUCCGCCUCUGAGCAGAGAGAGAGAGAGAGAGAGCAGAGUGUGAGAGACUGAGAGUAGGUAGAGAUGGUGUCAGGCUCGGGGAUCUGCGCGAAGAGAGUGGUGGUCGAUGCCAGGAACCACAUGCUCGGGCGGUUGGCGUCAAUUCUGGCCAAGGAGCUCUUGAAUGGGCAGAGAGUGGUGGUGGUCAGAUGCGAGGAAAUCUGCCUCUCCGGCGGCCUUGUUCGCCAGAAGAUGAAGUACUUGCGGUUUCUCCGCAAGCGGAUGAACACCAAGCCGUCGCACGGACCCAUCCAUUUCCGCGCCCCUUCCAAGAUUCUCUGGAGAACUAUCCGUGGGAUGAUUCCCCACAAGACCAAGAGAGGAGAAGCUGCUCUUGCACGCUUGAAAGUCUACGAGGGUGUCCCACCUCCAUAUGACAAAAUCAAGAGGAUGGUCAUCCCUGAUGCACUCAAGGUGUUGAGGCUUCAAGCUCGCCACAAAUAUUGUUUGUUGGGCAGACUCUCAUCAGAAGUUGGGUGGAAUCAUUAUGAUACCAUCAGGGAGCUGGAGAAGAAGAGAAAGGAAAGAGCUCAGGUUACUUAUGAAAGGAAGAAGCAAUUGAACAAGCUGAGAGUCAAGGCUGAGAAGGUUGCUCUGGAGAAGCUCGGCUCACAGCUAGAUGUCAUUGCUCCUAUCAAGUACUAAAUAUUUCCAUAGAUAGCUGUUGAGUGAUAACAAUGUUGUCUGCGACUUAGAUAUUUUGGUCGUGAUUUUGUUUUAUGCCAAACUUAAAAUGGUUGUUGAAAUCGGAUGUCAUAUUCUCAAAGUUUGCAAGUUUUAAUAGACUUCCAAUAUUUUGCCAA